UCUGAAUAGGCUGUAUCUAAAAUAUCGACGCUGGUUUUAUUAAGCGUUCGGAAAUGGAGUUGCUAUGAUUGGAAUCUUAUUAUUGAAUGAAACGUUAGAAAUUACAAAACUAAUUUAAGAGAAAUUCUGUACGUGUUAUAUUUAAAACAAAAAAAACGAAAUGUCGGAUAAUGAGGAUGAAGAAUCUGAUGUCAUUGAAAAACGGCACGAACAUGUUCUACCAGGAGAGCACGUAUAUGAAGGGGUCUUGUUCUUCGGUUACACACCACCAGAUAUUCUCGACGCUGUGAAGGACUUCGAAGUGAGGGACUCGGAUAUAUUCCUGUCAACCUACCCAAAAGCUGGUACAACAUGGCUACAGGAACUCACGUGGUUGAUUAUGAAUGAUGGGAACUUUGACGAAGCAAUCCAGAAACCUGUUUACUUCCGGUCUCCAUUUUUAGAGUUCAAGGACGAAGUUUUAAACGAGGUUGGGCUGGAUUUAGCUAAUCCAAUGCCGUCACCAAGAGUUAUAAAGACGCAUCUUCCUGUGAAACUUAUGCCAAGGCAGCUAAAAACAAGAGAUUGCAAGACGAUCGUUCUAUUCCGAAACCCAAAGGAUUUAUGCGUCUCAUACUACCACUUCUACCGCGCGAGUUCCUCAUUCGGUGACUUCCGCGGAUCCUGGGAAGACUUCUUCUACAUGUUUCUAGACGGACACGUUGACCACGGGUCCUGGUUCGACUACACGCGCAGUUGGUGGGCACGGCGGGAGGACCCACGUGUCUGCAUCCUCUACUUCGAGGACAUGAAGAGUGACCUCCGACGGGAGAUUGACCGCCUUUGUGACUUCCUUGAGAAACCACUUCAAGAGGGCGUUCGAGACGCGAUUACCGGCCACUGCCUGUUCGACAGUAUGCGCUCCAACCCGAUGACGAACCAUCUCGAUGUGUACUCAAUAAACGCGGAGGUGUCGCCCUUGUUAAGAAAAGGUGAGGUUGGAGACUGGAAAAACCUUUUCACGGUGACUCAGAGCGAAUUAUUCGACAAAUUCUACAAGGAUGAACUAGGAGACUUAGAUAUCCCUUUCAAAUUUACACUAGAUUGAUGCCCAGCACGAACUUGAUACUAGUGUAUGUGACGUCACACUAGCAUUGGCGUUAUAAGCUACCUAUGAAGGCGAUAUAGAUAAGCACAUCAGAGAGGGGGUUGGAUUCGGGUUGUAGUAUUUUUCCUAAACUGCUUGGCGUUUUGUUUUGUCUAUUGCUUUUUAAAAUAUGUUUGCAUAGACUUCUGAAAUAAACUAUCAGUCUUGAUUUAUAUUAGCACUUAACAUUUAUAGAGCAAAGUAUUGACAGACUCAAACAGCAAGUGCUUAAAAACUUUUAUAGAUUACCUUUUUCGUCGUUGAUUUAUUUUAUUGGUCUAGAGUUGACGUGGCAGUGAAUGAAUGAUACCGUAAUGAAAUGUGGUUGAGAGUAAACAGGGCACAAACUGAUGUUCGGACAUCUAUUCCUUCCGCAGUAGUAUAAUUAUCGUGUUUAAACGCAUGAUGUAAAAUCAACUACAGCGACAGUUUACUAUGUUUAAACAAGUAUUUUAUUUCUAAUCUUUGAAUGCGAUUCAAUAUUUGGUCGGGUGAUGUAUGUACACAUAUUAUUAUAAUUAUGGCUUUGGUCAGUGUAAUAAAGAUGUACCAUUUGCAUUUAUAUCAUACAUGUUUGUCAUUCUUAACUGGUAGAAUGUAAACACACUGGUUGACGUAGUACACAAAACAGUGCCUAUACGUAUAUGUACACGUACUUGCACUUGUGUGCUAAACCGAAGCCGGUACUACCUAACCCAUCUGAGAGAAUUUACCUUUAAAUAUAUUCUGAGAAUAACUCAUUACUUGUGUUAAACAAGGCGUUAUGCUUUGAUAACAGAAGAACACUAAAUUUGUCGAAUAUUAGUAUAUCAGUUUUGACGUAUGUAUAGCAAUGGGAAUUAUAACUUGUGUGCGUAUGUUCCAACGAUAUUCGGAAAAGACAAGCCUUAAUUGAACAUGGAUACAUCCGGCGGCUGAUUUCCCGAAUUGUGACUUUUGUUAUCCCCACAAGAACCAGUGCAAACCAAUUAUCUACGAGAACUUGCAGACUACUUUGCAUUGACAAAUACAACAUGUCUUGAAUUUACUGCGAGACCUUUUGCCAAAUGACCAUUGAUAAACGCAUCAAGUUUUAUAUAGUAUAUAUGCAUUGUUUGUGGAGUUUUGUGAUGUUGUUUCUUGUUUGUGAAUUUUUGAUUCUUUGUUUUAUUCUUUGGCGUUUACCCUGUGCCAUUAAACGGGGUUUAUGUUAUGUGUAUGAGCUACUGGGCUUGUUUCUGUAGUUUUUCAUAUAUAUAUUGGUUAAGAAAACGAGUGUCAAUCAGUGAGUUAUCUAGUAGUUUAAGUAUCUGCCUCAAACCCUAGGGGUCUCGCUCCCUUCGAAUACAUUUGUGUAUUUUUAUAAU